ACCUUACAGAUGGUUUCUGCUAAAUUGUCUCAAAAGGAAGAAGUAGUUCAUCACCUGACAGAGGAGAAAGAAAAAACGCUUGCAGACUUGAAUAAAGAGCAGGAAGCAACGCUUCAGCUGCAGAAAGAUAUGGAGCGCCACAAAAGUGAGUUUGCGGCUCUGCAGGAUGAACUGUCCCGCUCCCAGGGUCUUAUGACCAGCAAGGAGAGAGAAUUGGAGAUUCUGGCCAAGCAGAUCUCAUUCAAGGAUGAAGAAGUGAAUGUCCUGUGUGGGGCAUAUCUGGCUCUACAAAGUGAUCACAAGGCUAAGUUGGUAGCCAUGGAAGAGCUGGAGAAGGAGAAAGUGGUAAUGGCUCAUAAGGUGCAGAGCCUGGAGGCGCAGAACGAAACGCAUAUUAAGUCUCGCACAGCUGCCUUGGAUGCACUGGGUACUCAGCUCUCUGAACAAGAGGCUCAGCUAAAAGUCUAUGAGCAGAAAGUGUCCAAGAUGGCGCAACUGAAUAAAGACAAUGAGCAGAUGAGAGAACAACUGCUGUCCCUGGAGGAUACUGUCAAAAACUUGACAGAAUUGCUGGAAAGUGAGAAGAAGAACUCUUCUAAGCUCAAGAGUGAGCAGCAGAAAUGUUUAAAGCUGGAAGGGGACAUGGAGGUCCUUAAAGAAAGUCGUGACCAAGUUAUAGCAGAACUGGCUAACGAGAGGUUAAAAGUGUCUCAGAUGGAAAUUGAGGCAAAAGCCACAGCCGUCCGUGUAAAAGAAGAAAAACUGCUUGUGAGGCAAAAGCUACUGGAGACAGGGAUGCUUUCUCUAAAAAAGGCGGAGUCUGAACAAUGGACUCAAGAAACAGUAGAGUCUGAAGACCAUGAGAAGAAGCCAUAUGAAAGGUCCUCUGAAGCUGAGACUGAGGUGAAACCAUAUGGGAAGUCCUCUGAAGCUGAGACUGAGGUGAAACCAUAUGGGAAGUCCUCUGAAGCUGCAGAGAUAUUAACAUUGCAUGGUGAAAAUUCUGAGGCAGAGAAGUUCUCUGAGGUAGAAGUUAAACCAGAGAUAACUGCAGAAGCUGCAAGUAAAGUUAGUGACACAUCUGAAGGUGCAGGUGAAAAACUGGCUAAAGGAGCCAAGAGUUUUCAGCCUAAAAAUGAGCCUGUGAAAGUCGGUGUCCUUAAAGAAAGGGCUAAUAAGAAAGCAGAGUCCUUAAAAAUGUGAUAGAAGUCACUGUGAUAGAAGACUGGGUCGUGGUGGAAACCCUGAGAGGCACUGGAUUAGAAAACACUGGAAGAAAGUCCGCAGAAGUAGAAUUUGGAGAAGAGUCCGUCUCAAGGAGAAGAGGGACAGGUGCAUUAAAGGGAAGCCUCCUGAAAUUGUGGAGGAUGACUUAGAAGACCUGCAAAUGGGUGAUACAGGCUCGGUUGGCCACCAGCAAAGUUCGUGCAAUGGUCAUACCAGUGACAGAAGAAGACAAUGGCCUAGAGCAUCUGCCUUGUCCGCACCUAGAGUCCAGAGCACUGCACAGACCAAGAUGAAGAACCUGGUGUUGGAAAGGUGUGACAUGAAUGGAGCUUUUUACAAGGAAUUUGUCAAAGGUGACCAAAAGUCUUGUGCUCGGUGGCUGAUGAAAGUGCGAAUGAAAGAAGGGUGCACCAUUGAAGUGGUGCAGAUAAAAUCUACUGAUGAAGGAAGCCAAGUGCCUCAAAAUCUGUUGGACGUAGUUGUUCAAGGAAAAGGAAAGGCAGUUGGACUCUGCCUUUUGAAUACAAGUGCUCCUUCCCGGUGGUCUGAGCAGAGGGGGGGGGAUAUGUGGCAGUGUGGCAAGGAAAGGGUGUAUUUCCCUUGCUAUCUCUGCAGAAUGCUCCACCUGUGGCCUGAUUAAUGAGGUAUCAGGAAGGGAAAGUGUGUGUUUAAAAGGAAAAGGAACAGAAUAGUUGGGGCUCUUCCUAGGAGACAGCAUGUGGGCUGUAGGGAAGAGACAGAGCCUGCUGAGGAGUACACAGCCCGAGCUAUGAGAGGCUCAAAGAGACUGCCAUGAAUUGUGAGUAGAAGGUUGCAGGGGACAUAUGUUUAACCGGCUGAGGGAAGCUCAGCGGUUGUUAGUCAGGACAAGCUGAUCUGUUUAGUCAGUGACCAGACGGUCUAGGAUUUUGUUUUGUUCCUGCUUUUUGUUUAUUUCUUUCCCUGCAACCUGUCUAAUAAAACUGGCAAGGUGCCAGAUUUGCAUUAUAAACGUUUGUUUGCUGGUUUAUUGAGAAGAAACGCAUCCUGUGGCGUGGUCAAGGACGAUCCCGGAGCUAAUCCCCAAGGAGGAAUCCUUACAGUUGGAGGUUUGGUCUGGGAAGUGGCAGAUGAGGUUCAACACUGAUAAAUGUAAGGAGUAGAAAGACAAAAACGAAGACGUCCUAUCUCUUUCACACAAUGGACACCAACAGAAUAUGGUGGAUUAUGCUGACUUGUGAAAGGAUCCAUUAAGUUCCGUUGUGGUGUCCAUCUUUUUCACGAGAGGGACAGUACUGCAUGCCGCGCUAUUUAUCCUGUCCAAUAUGACAGACUCUGUGGAUGAGACUCCAAUUGCUCAUGAUCAGAGCUUUUCAGUUCUCGGGGAAGUCAUGUGAACGCGUCUCCUUACUGCUGUGAUUUAUGGAACGGAACAUCUUCCAUGCAAAUUGGAUUUCAGUAACCUUGUCACAGCGUUCGUCUCUGGGAUGGGAAUAGGAUUAUUUUCUCUCUCAUCGUGUAUACGCUCUUGGUUUUAUAGUUGACAUUUGUGACUUUUACAAUACUGUGUAUUACCUUUAAAGUGUAUCCAUCAGAUCCAACAAAAUAUAUCACUCAGUACC